AUGACGCUCAUGAACGUCGCGCAGAACCUCGCCGCCCCCAAGAGCGGCGAGCUGCUCAUUUCCGCCACUCAGGACUUCCUCACGGCCUCCUGGAUCAUCACCUCCAAGGACAGAUUCUUCGGCCAGGCCGAAUUCUCGCGAGUCGUCAUGGGCUUCCUCGACGCCGACCAGCGCGUCUGUCUCCCGCCGCCGGCCGUCCUGAAGCCCGCCAGGCUCUUCACGGGCAAGCAGGUCUUCUCCGUGCUCAUCCAACCCAACCGCUCCACGCGCGUCAACGUCAACCUCGAAACCAAACUCCGCAACUACGACAACAAACUCGCCGGCGAGAUCAUGAACGUCCAGGACGCCUACAUGGUCAUCCACAACGGCCACCUCAUGUGCGGACAGCUCGACAAGUCCGUCCUCGGCGGCGGCAAGAACACGCUCUUCUCUCAGCUCCUCAAGUGCUUCAACGCUCAGGUCGCCGCCGACCGCAUGUCCAGACUCGCGCGACUCGCGCCCCGCUACCUCGGCGAGCACGGCUUCAGCAUCGGCAUCUCCGACGUCACGCCCAGCCACUCGCUCAUCCGCAAAAAGGCCUCGCUCGUCGCCGACGGCUACCAAAAGUGCGACGAAUACAUCCGCGAAUACCUCACCCACCAACUCGUCCAGGAAGCCGGCGCCACGCCCGAGCAAACCCUCGAGAGCCGCCUCGAGUCCACUCUCUCCGAGAUCCGAGACUCCGCGGGCAAACUCUGCAUCGACGAACUCAGCCAAAACGACCCCCUCAACUCCCCGCUCAUCAUGACCCUCUGCGGCUCCAAAGGCAGCAAAAUUAACGUCUCCCAAAUGAUCGCCUGCGUCGGACAGCAAACCGUCAGCGGUCAGCGCAUCCCCAACGGCUUCCUCAACCGCACUCUCCCGCACUUCGACUUCGAGUCCAAGCACCCCGCCGCCAAGGGCUUCGUCUCCAACUCGUUCUUCAGCGGCCUCACUCCCACCGAAUUCUUCUUCCACACCAUGGGCGGGCGCGAAGGACUCGUCGACACCGCCGUCAAGACCGCCGAAACCGGCUACAUGCAACGACGCCUCAUGAAGGCCCUCGAAGACCUCUCCGUCCAGUACGACGGCACCGUCCGCGGCACCGCCGGCAACAUCGUCCAAUUCACCUAUGGCGACGACGGCGUCGAGCCCACUCUCACCGAAAGCGACAUCUUCCCCUUCGACCUGAAAACCCACUGGCAACACUCCGUCCUCACCACACUCGAGCAAACCAGAGAAUCCCACCCCUCUCUCCCCCCCCCCCCUCCCUCCCUGGCAAAUCCUCGAAACCGUCCACCAACGACUCCUCCGCCCCGUCUUCCAACAAUUCCCCAAAAAGUUCCUCCAAGACAUCCGCCACCACUUCGUCUCCCAAGACCUCUCCCUCCUCAUCGAGUCCACGUCUCCGCCCUCACGCUCUCUCACUUCUUCGAGCACCUCGAGCGAAAACUGCUCCAAUCCCAAGCCGAACCCGGCACCGCCGUCGGCGCCCUCUGCGGCCAGAGCAUCGGCGAACCCUGCACCCAAAUGACGCUCAAAACCUUCCACUUCGCCGGCGUCGCCAGCAUGAACAUCACCCUCGGCGUCCCCCGCAUCCGCGAAAUCAUCAACGCCACCAAAACCAUCUCCACCCCCAUCAUCGAGGUCAAACUCGACAACGAAACCUCCCCCGAAGCCUCCAAACUCGUCAAGGCCCGCAUCGAGAGCACCACCCUCGAAGAAGUCAUCCAGUACAUCAAAGAAGUCUACGACGCUCACCAAUGCUACCUCCUCGUCAAACUCGACCUCGCCCGCAUCCGCUCCCUCUACCUCUCCUGCGACGCCCACUCCGUCUCCAACGCCAUCCUCAGCCACUCCAAACUCAAGCUCCAACCGGAACACGUCGUCGUCACCGGCAAAAACCACGACAAAAUCAUGGUUUCCCCCCGGAAGAACUCGGCCACAGCAAAAAAAACCACCCUCACCAAGUCCAAACUCUACAUCUCCCUCCAAGCCCUCAAACUCGCCCUCCCCAACGUCGUCGUCAGCGGACUCAAAACCAUCAAGCGCUGCGUCAUCCGCGAGGACCGCGGCAAAGCCGGCGCCCCAAACCAGUACUCCAUCCUCGUCGACGGCCUCGACCUCCUCGGCGUCAUGUCGCAGCAAGGCGUCAACCCCAACUUCACCAAAAGCAACCACCUCCUCCAAAUCCAAAAAACGCUCGGCAUCGAGGCCGCCAGGAGGGCCAUCAUCGAAGAAACCGCCUACACCAUGAAACUCCACGGCGUCUCCGUCGACCCCAGGCACCUCUACCUCCUCGCCGAUUACAUGACCAUGCAGGGCGAAAUCCUCGGCAUCACGCGAUUCGGCAUCGGCAAGACCAGCGAGUCCGCCCUCAUGCUCGCCUCCUUCGAAAAAACCCCCGACUACCUCUUCGAAGCCGGCAAACGCGCCUUCAAAGAGUCCAUCUCCGGCGUCAGCGAGUGCAUCAUCAUGGGCAGACCCAUCCCCCUCGGCACCGGCCUCUGCAGGCUCAUCUACCAACACCCGGACCUCAAGCCCGAGGGCACCACGCUCGCGCCCAAACAACUCCUCCUCGGCGACGCGCUCCCCCGGCAACGCCUGCAAGUUCUAAAAAAAAAAAAAAAAACAGCAAAAAAAAAAAAAAAAAAAACACGAGCGCGCGUCCCUCGCACGCGCUCCGCCGCCCCGAGAAAAGCCCCUCAAUUCCAAAAAUAA